GUUGACGCGACCGACACCUAUCUCGACAGACAUUGAUUGGGUGUGAUUUAUAAAGUGGAACCCUAACGGCUCACGUCAGUACACCAAUAAGUUUCUAACGAUUGAGUUCUUGCUGAAAAAGUUAAUAAAAGCCACCUAACUCAAAAUGUCUCUCCCUACCGUGACUAUCCGCGAGCUAUCCGACGCGACACAAGACAACACACUGUGUCCCAGCACCAAAAAAGUCGUUGAGGGCAUGCUCAACGACUACAUGGACCUCCAAUACGGAAAGGAGACACCAUACACAACUGGAAAACAAGUCAUCCCUUCUGGAGCUGAACUCGAGGACGUGGAAAAGGCAGCGGCUGAUGACAGCGCUCCUAAGAAGUUCCACGAUGUCUUCGCACAAAUUGAAAAGACCGCCAAAAGUGGGGAUCUGACUCCUUUGUCCAAAAAUGAUGGCACAUGGGACCCCAAGUUCACCCCAGUGUUAGUGCUUGUCACCCCUAACCCUUAGGUUAAGUUAGGUCUAGUUUUGCUAUUUAUUUUGUAUGUUAUUUUUAUUGUAUUUGGAUUAUUGAUUAAAGUUAUUAAUUUAUGAAGUA